AUGCUCCUUUGGGCGGCGUGGCGAGCCAUCGCCUCGGCGGCACAAGUGCUCUUGCCGGGCGACGAUGCUAAAAUUCCCCCUCCUCGACUGCUCAAACGCGUUCCCGUUUCCCUCGACGAAUCUCCCGUUAUGCCCAAUCCUACCCAGGGCUUAAUAAUCCGGCCUGCUAUCCCCGGUUUGACAACAUCGCUUUCCGGCCUGCCUGUCCUCUUCGGCUCGCUCCUCGUUGCUCAAUCGUUCCACGAGCUGGGACACGGGCUUGCGGCUGCAGCCGAGCAAAUCCCGCUCCUCUCGACCGGCUUCCGCCUCUUCCUGCUCGUCUUUCCGACAUUUCACGUCGAGGUUGCAAGCGAUUUCGAUGUCUCGCCUCUCACCGACCUCCGCAUCUCGUCUGCCGGAGUUUGGCACAACGUCCUCCUUGCGUCGAUGGCAUGGACCUGGUCGGAUGCCGGAGCAGGACUUACAAACUGGAUGGGACGAGCGCUUGGAAUCUGGGACACGCUGGACGAAGGCCAUUCGCCUCUCGCACCUCACCUCGCUACUGGCAUGCUGAUCGACCACAUAGACGAUCUCGAAUUAGAUGCGGCGACGGCGCGUUCGGCGGACCCCGCCCGCCUCUGGCACGACCACCUGUCCUCGUCCAAUCCGCUCGACCGCUACCAGAACCUCGGAUGGUGUCUCGAUGCCGACCUCUUCUCCACUUCGGAUGGUGCCGAAUGCUGCAACAAGCCGAACCUCGAUGGCAUGUCCCCUUCGGGAGGACCAGCUACCGCCGAACGACUUCUCUGCUUCGAAGCCUUGACGGAACCGCCGAAUCAACCCCGCAGCCAGGCCUGCCUCGAUCCGCUCCCUCUUCUUCCGCCUACGUCACCCUCCGACAUACCACCCAGAUGCUUCGACGACCAGUCAUGCCGCAGCCUUCAAGGCGGCUCGAAGACCAUUUGCGGCCGGAUCAGCGAGGACGAACACGUCGUUCGGCUUGGGGUACGGAACACCUCCUCGGCGGAAGUGGGUGGCGGAGGGGGAGAAGACAGCCGCACGGUCCUAUGGCAGGGCAGCCGGCAAAGGUUGUUGCAUGACGGUCUGUCCUCCAGUCACGGUUACCAGCCGAAGACCCCGCUAUUGCUCGAACGACUGAUCCGGUAA